AUGAGGCAACAGUCGAACGGUAGAAUUUCUUUGGGGAAGUUAUCUUUUUUCGGUAUCCUGAUGUUGUUUGGGAACGAUUACUCGAAUGAGGAUAUCUAUGGAAAACCGUACAAGGAAGGCAAUAUGCACCAUAUAUUAAAUGUCAGAUAUGGCAGAUUAUUAAUGAGUGAAACCAAUGUAGAAACACUACCUCCGGAGAAUAAUACUCUGCUCGAAGAAAAGUUCAUGGGAUCAGUGAAUACAAAUGGCGAAACUUACCUGCAGGACCGUUCCGAUGUAACAAAACAUAAUGAUAGCUCUAACUCACGAUGUAGAAAGAGUAGUCCUCGCGACAGUUCAAGGACAAAUUCGAACAGUACAAUGGAUCGUGGUAACGUGGACAAAUCGAACGAAUCUUUAAACUUGAAUAAUUUUGAUGAGGAUCAAGGCAAGGAAAGGUUUGGUGGAUCUACGCAUUUUGUCAGCACAGAGAGUCUAUUGGAAGAACGAGCCGAUGAUGAUGAUUUUGGUCAUGACAGAAAGGUUGGCGAAUCCACGCAUUUUGGCAGCAUGGAUAGUAUAUUCGAGAAAGGAGCCGAUGACGAUCAUGUUAGCGAUGACACAAAGAUUGCUGCGUGCACGAAUUUUGGCAGCAUGGAUAGUAUAUUCCAGGAAGGAGCCAAUGACGACGAUUCUAACAGAAUCCAGGAAAUUACAGAAUCCAUGACCUUUGACAGCAGGGACAGUUUGUUCGAAAAACGGGUUGAUGUUGAUGUCGAAGAAAACAACAGAAUGGUUGAAUCAUCAGAAUAUCAUAAUAAGCACAGGAGGUCCUCUAGUAAAACAAGUAUCGAUAUAGAAGAUGAAGUUUUCUAUUACUUAGAAAAAACACAACACCGACAUGGAUUUUCCGGCAGUCAUAUUGGAGAUUUCGUUGAAAACACAAUGUUGGGUAAAAUAUUCAGAAAAGUAUCUUCCAAGGUUGGAUCAGAGGGGUUGCUACUGCCCUUAAAACUUAACGCGCAAUGUAAAAAAACGACGAAGAAGCUCGCAGGACGCUCCAGUACACCGAAACAUAUUUCAACUACGAAUAAAAGAUGGGUAGGCUUCGGUGUGUCCAAUUCUGCUUUUAAUAUAGCAGCGGCGUGCAUGUGCUUCGUACCAGUUCUUAAAGAUCUUUGGAUUAUCAUAUUUAUUUCUGCAGCCAGCGGGAGCAUAGUAGUUGUGCUCUUGAUUUUGCUAUACCUGUGUAUUCGCGGAAUGAAAUGGUCAAGAACACGAAUAAACAAUUGA